AUGCCAGCGAUAAUUGCCAAAUCUUUCGAAUCUUGUUCCGAGUCGGACUCUACCACAGCCAGCGGAAGCGGUAGUCGCACACCACCCGCACCCAUACACCCGGAUUGGUCGAGAUCAACAGGUGCAUGCGCGAAGCUUGUGACCGUAAACAAGGAUGGGAAUAGAGAAGCCCUCCUGUUGCAUGUGGACCGGUCUCUCACCAUCGGAAGGCAUCCAUCUUGCUCUUACGUCGUCCCAGAUCUCGUCGUUUCUAGCCUGCAUUGCAAACUAUAUGCCGUUAAAUCAAGCGACGGAGGAAUUAUAUUGUCGUGUCAAGACUUCUCAACCAACGGGCUUAUCCUGAACAGUCACAAAAUUCGAAAGACCUCCGUGAUUCUUAUGGACGGUGAUGUUGUUGAGAUACCACAUUCACAAAAGUUCGAAUGCAUACUCUUGGAGAAGCCACCGUCACAGAAUACAAACAUAUUCGACCCCACACCACCAAGAGAACGAUCACCUAAGACGAAGCGUAUUGACCGUUACCUCGUGGCAUCGCACUGCCUUGGUAGCGGAAGCUUUGCCACGGUCCACCUCGCCAUGGAUACAACCGAGCAUCGACAGGUCGCGUGCAAGAGUAUCAAACGGAAAAACAAUGACAAAAUUGAGAAAGUGAUGAAAGAAGUUGAUAUCCUCCUCCGUCUCACCCACCCAAACAUCAACCGGGUUUGGGCCGCCAACUACAACAGUAGCUUCGUCCAUAUCUUCCUAGAACUUUGCACGGGUGGAGAUCUGUUCUCUUACAUCGUAGGACACACAGAUUCUCGCCUAUGUGAAGGAGAAGCCAAGUACAUCAUGUACCAGCUCAUGAAGGGAUUAAAAUAUCUACAUGAUAGACAGAUAUCACACCGUGACCUCAAGGUACGACUUUUCUUUGAGCUUCUAUGA